UUUCUGAAAUUCCUCAGAAUCGGGAGUUUUGGCAGGGGCCUGCCCCCAUCUGGGGGUGGGCAGGGCCUGGGCGGCGGAAGCCGCGAUUUGGCUGAGGGACCGAGGGCCGCUGCAAUGAGACAAAAUUCCACGGCUCAUUUCCUCUUUCUUUGAAAGAUAAUCGGGGGACUCCUCGGCCCUGGCCAUCACUCUGCCCGGUGCAGGGGCGGGGGAGACCUCUGAGACCUCCGGAGGUCUGCUGUGAGACCCCGGGUUCUCCUCGGCUCCCCCCUUCUCCGUCCCCCCGGCCCCGAGCACAGGCCACCCUCAAGCUGAAGUCCGGUCAGCCCCCUUCUUCCUCAUGCUGCUGCUGACUGCUCUGCUGGUGUUGGCUCCUGGUGGCGGACGAGCCGACGACCCCCCGAAGUCCGUGCUGAUCCUGAGCCCGCCAUGGAUCAAUGUGUUCAGGACGGACAGUGUGACGCUGAACUGUGGCAGCCCCGAUCCUUCGGGGGAUGUCACCCAGUGGUUCCACAACGGCACGGUCCUCGGGAUCCAGACCCCCAGCUACAGCAUCCAGGAGAUCACCUUCAACGACAGCGGGGAGUACCGGUGCCGGACGGGGGGCUCCGCGCUCAGCGAUCCCGUGAGGCUGGACGUCUACAGCGAUUGGCUACUGCUGCAGGCCACCGGCUCGGUGUUCCUGGAGGGGGAACCCGUGGUACUGAGAUGCCACAGCUGGAAGAAUCACCCCUUGUAUAAAGUGAUCUUCUACCAGGAUGGCAAGGCCCUGAAGUUCUUCCACCAGAAUUCCAAUUUCUCCAUCCCUCGGGCCAACCAAAGCCACAGCGGUUCUUACUUCUGCUCGGGGUCCAUGGGCCACGAACGCUUCACGUCGUCCGUCUUCAACAUCACCGUCCGAGGGAGGAGCAUCCUGAGCCAGUGGGGGAUGCUGGCCGCACUCUGCGGGCUCGGGGUGGCCGCCGCCGCAUUCGCCACCGCCGCCGCUCUCGUAUAUUUCUUCAAGAUCUGGAGAAAAACAGCUCCUUCAGAAAGCCCUGAGCACGGGGAUGGGUACGAAACCCCCCCGGAGGAUACAGCCAGACCCCCUGAGAUCCUGCCCGAGGUGGAGGAUGAGAAUGUGGUCUCCUAUUCUCUGCUCAUGCACACGGACGUCCCGGAUGAAGAAGAGGAAGAGCGAAACCAUCUGGAUUAUGAGAACGUCCCAAACUCGUAUUUGCUUCCCCUUUUUCCGACCUGCGAAGUUUCCCAUCCAGCCCAGAUCGAUAACGCCGGGAGCAGUCGACGCCCCGCAGAGACUCCCGGCGCCAUGCCGAUGGGCAGCUCCUUUUCUCCAGGGCCGGGCCGCUCUGCCGUGCCACUGGGGGCGGCUCUCUUGGUCCUGGCUCUGGGCAGCGGAUAUGCCGCCGCGCCGGCCACAAAACCCGAACCGCCCUCCGGGCCCUCGCGUGCCCCGGGCCAGAGGGUGACCCUGAGGUGCGAGGAGUCCCCAGGACCCGACUCCCACAAGAGAAAGCUCAUCAAACCCCUGGAAAGCCUCUUCGACACGGACGGGAUCCCCAAAGAGGACAUCGGCCGGCAUAGCGUGGGCUACCUGUUCAGCAGGCCCUUCCAUCUGAGCGUGUCCUGUGAGCCGUUCCCGCCGCCCACGCUGAAAGCCACCCCUUCCGCCGAGCCCACGGAGGGGAGCCCGCUGACCCUGACCUGUGACACGCGGCCGGACCCCCGCAGGCCGGACCCCCGGCUCCGCUUCUCCUUCUACAGAGACAACCGGACGGUGAGGGGCUGGGACGGCUCCCCGGAACACAGGAUCCCGGCGGCCCGGAGCGGGGACUCCGGCUCCUAUCGGUGCGAGGUGGCCACGGACACCGGGAGCGUGUGGAAAAGGAGCCCCGCGCUGCGGAUCCGGGUGCAGCGUUCCUCUUCCGGAGCCUCACCCGCAACCGCUCCUCGUCUCUCGCCGGAUCCCUCGGCUCCUCCAGGAGCACCUUCCAGGGAGCCCCCGCUCUCCAGAUCCUGCGUCACCUGCUGUCCACCUCCCCAGGGGGGACCGGCCCCCUCCCCGACCACCCUGGACCCCCAGCUGAACCUCCUGCUCCAGGAAGUACGGGCAGUCAGAGCCCUUCUGAGUCGGUUGGACCUGGAAGCCGAGGCCCGAGGCAACUGCCUGGACCCCAAGAUCAGCGUCCCCUCGGGGGAUCCGCCCUGGACCACGAUCUUCAAGGGGGAGCGGGUGGUCCUGAAGUGUGCUGGGUACCACCCCCUGAUCCUGGAGAUGAAACACAGCAGCAUCCUGUGGUACCGGGGUCACCUUCUGCUGGCCUCGCGAGGGAGGAGCCUGGAGGUGCAGGCGGCCGGGGUCUACCGCUGCCAGACUCGGGGCGCCCCCGUCAGUGACCCCCUCCGCCUCUCCGUGUCCAGCGACUGGUUGAUCCUUCAGGUGCCCUACGGGCCCGUGUUCGAGGGCGAGGCCCUGACGCUGCGCUGCCGGGGCUGGUACGAUAAGGAGGUGUCCCGGCUGAAGUACUACCGCGACGGCCAGCCGCUCCGAUCCUCGCCCUCUAGCACCGACUUCACGGUGGCCCGGGCCCAGACCGGCCACAGCGGACGCUACCGAUGUUCGGGGACCAUGCGCGUGCCCGUCGAGAGCACCCCCCUCUUCUCGGCCGAGGUGCCCGUCUCCAUCCGAGAACUGUUUCCGCCACCCGUCCUGAAAGCGAUGGUCCCGGAGGCUCCCCGCCCGGGGAAGGGGGUGACCCUGACCUGCGCGACACGACUGCACCCCCAGAAGCAGGGCACGCGGCUGCAGUUCUCCUUCUACAAGCACAGCCGGGUGGUGCGGGGCUGGGACCGAGCCCCCGUCCACACCCUCGCACCCACGGCCGAGACGGACGACCUGGACUCCUACUGGUGCGAGGCAGCAACCGAGAGUCGCGGGGUCCAGAAACGCAGCCCCCCGUUCCGGCUGGGCAGCCACGCUGGAGUAAGACAAGAGGGUCCCGGGGCGCCCCCAGUCCCCCAAGACACUGGCUCCCACUGCCUCAAGCAUCAUGCCCACCCCCAGGGCCCAGAGAAAGGGGGAGGCAUCGCCAUGAUUUUCAGUCUGGCACCCGCCGCGGAGAGGCUCCGUAGAGUCUCCCUCCCCGACGAAGACGUUUUAAGACGAUGGGACAGAGAUUCCCCGCAGCCGAGGGAGCGUCACCCCACCGUGGGAAGACGCCCCCCACCCUGCUUCGGCCUGAACUUGUUCCCCCCGAUUGCUGGGACGGGGAGACCCCGCCGACGCCCGGGUCAACUCCCCCUCCGGGCCCCUGGAGUCGGCCUCAUGCUGCUGUGGGGGGUCUUGCUGGUCCUAGUUGCAGGUGGAGAAUCGAUCGAUGGCCAGAAGUCACAGCUGACCCUGUCUCCUCCCUCCCCCAUACUCAAGGGGGAGAAGGCGGUACUGACGUGCAGGGGCUCCUCAAAGGUCAGCAGUAGAUUUCAAACCACCAUGUGGUUCAAGGACAAGAAUCCAGUGUUCGGGCAGAGGAAUCUUCUGGAGGUUAAAGGCCCCGGAGAGUACCAGUGCCAAACAGGAAGAUUUCUCAGAAGUGAUCCGAUAUUCGUGGAAUUCUCUCAGGACAAGGUGAUUCUUCAGGCCCCUUUUUCUUUGAUGGAGGGGGACACCCUGACCCUGACAUGCCGAACAGUCCGCCUAGGAACUUCAGUGAAAUACUUCCAAAAUGGAAAACACCUUGAAACAAAGACCUGGAAAGAACCACUAGUUAUCCCCAACGUGAAAGCCAGUCACAGCGGCAACUAUACCUGCAGUGUCUUAGAUUGGAAAUUAUUUUCGACAACAAAAGAAUUCUUUUCGAAAGAUGUUCUCGUUUACGUUGAAGAGCCGUUCAAGACACCCCAGUUGGAAGCCACCCCUUCCAAUGAACCCGAGGAGGGGACCCCAGUGACCCUGACCUGUGAGGCACGCCCAGCCUCCCCUGAACUCCAGCUCCUCUUCUCCUUCUACAAAGGCAGCAGAUCACUGAAAAGCUGGACUAGAUCCCCAGAGUACCAGAUCGCCGAGGCCGGGAUGAGGGAUUCUGGCUUUUACUGGUGCCUGGUGAUGAUGGAGACCGGCAACCUCCUGAAACAAAGCUCCAAGCUGCAGAUCUGGGUGCAGCGAUUCCGGGUGUCUGGAGUCAGCCUGGUGUCCCAGCCCCCCGGGGGUCAGGUGAAGGAAGGGGAGAGGCUGGUGCUGUUUUGUUCGGCGGCGGCGGGCACGUUGCCCAUCACCUUCUCCUGGCACCGAGCGGGCGUCGCGAGGUUGCUGAAGCAAGUCGUGCGGCGGGAGAGGACGACGGCCCUGGAGAUCCCCGCGGCCGGGCCCGGCGACCGGGGACGCUACCAGUGCGCCGCCGCCAACGGCUACGGCCCCGUGCCCAGCCAGUGGCUGGACGUCACGGUGAGAAUCCCCCUCUCCGGAGUCAGCCUGAAGGCCCAGCCCCCCGAGGAGGAGGCAGUCGAAGGACAGAAGCUGGCACUGGUCUGCUCGGUGGCGGAGGGCACCGAGCCCAUCACGUUCUCCUGGUACCGGGAGGGCGGAGGAAAGAUGCCGAGGGAAGAGUCCGCGUUAGAGCUCCCGGCCGUGACGGAGAGGGACGCGGGGCGCUACUGGUGCACGGCCAAUAACGGCUUCGGCCCCGUGGCCAGCGCCAGCCUCAACGUCACCGUGACAGUUCCAGUGUCUCCUCCCCGCCUGACCCUGGGGACGGCCGGGGCCGCCGUGGGGGACGAGGUGGAGCUGUGCUGUGAGGCCCAGAGGGGCUCCCCCCCGAUCUGGUACCGGUUUUACCACGAAGAGAGGGUCCUGGGCAACGGCUCGGCCCCGGCCGGAGGCGCCGCCUGCUUCUCCCUCACGGUGGCAUCCGGGCAGGACGCGGGGAAUUACUCCUGCCAGGCGGAGAACAGGGUCUCCACCGGAAGCAGCGAGCCCGCGAUUCUGUCGGCGAUGGUCCCAGCAGGAAGCCGGAGCGGCCUGGUCGUGGGGGGACCCUUGGCCACGAUCCUUGUGGCCGCCGUCGCUGCUGCCUUGCUUGUGUAUUUCUUCAAAUUCCGAAAGAAAACAGGAGAGGCACCUCCCACGAGUCCGGACAGAACCCUUCAGAGCUCCGCUGACCCAGACCCCGUCAUGAGGGAGGAGCCGCAGGCCACUUAUGUGAAUGUGAAACUCGGCGAAGUCGGCAGCGUGGUCUACUCCGAGUUCAGCAUCCUGCAGGGGAAUGACACUUCCCCCUCAGCCAGGUCCUCCAUGGUGGUGGAAGAGGAUUUUGGCUCCGUCCUGUACGCCGACGUGAAGGGAAAGCAGGCCUCGAAGGAACCUCCCCACAGAGGCAGGGAAGAGGACGCAGAGCAGGACACGGCCAUGAGCGAUUAUGAGAACGUCACGAACGGGAGUCCUGCCGUUGGUUUGGACCCAAGGGCCUAGUCUCUCCUUUGGGGGGGCUCUGCCCUCCCCCCUCCCUGUACAUCCCCUCCCCAUGUCUUGGGGGGGGGGGGUCAUAUGGUCUCCUUCCUUGUCUCCACAGAGGGGCAAGAGCUGAGCCUGUGCAGCAAGAAAUUCUGGGAUGGAGGAUCCCCGGAGAAGGGGUGAAGGAAAACCAAGGAGGACUGCUCAGGAUUCUUGGUCCAGCUGGAGGGUGGGCAGGGGGUUGGUCUCACUUUAACCCUCUGCUGCUUUUAGGAGGACCCCUCUUGUUCCCUCUGUGGGGAGGAGGCUGGUUACCUCCUUCCUGGCUCCCAGCCGUUCUUGGGGUUUCCACGACUGGUCACUCCUUGCGAGGGAGAGGGGGCCCCCGGCUCCUGUCCGCAGCCUCCGGGGCUGCCUUCGGUCUCAUCUCUUCGGCCCUUUGGAAAAGAAUCUCUCCGUCUCCUUCCGAUUAGGUUGAUGGGACUGAAGCUUCCCAAGAGACACAACUCGGCCAACACUGGGGCCGAUACCAAUUUAAUAAUAAUGAUGAUAAUAAUAGCAGUGGUAUUUGUGCAUCUUCUAGAUUGUAAACUCAUUGUGGGCAG